AUGCGCCGCCGAACCCAAAAAACAGUCACCCACUUCCUCAUCCUCCUCCUCAUCCUCGGCCUAAUCUGCUUCCUCAACCGUCCUCAAUCCCCCCAUAAGCUCUUCGCCUGGGAUCGCAUCCGGUACCGCACGCGCGCAACGACCCUCCCGGCCCCGAACGGUGUCUGUCCGGGGCUCGACGAAUCGGGGCGUCCGGCGCUGGUGGUGUCGCAUGUCGACAGCGACGGGGAGACGGGGUGGUUGGAUGCGUUGAGGGAGAAGUUUCAGGUUUGUGUGUAUCAUAUCGAGACCGAGACCUCGACCGAGACCUCGAACACCGUCGAGAAAGAAAACACCGAUAUCCACCCCCGCGCCCCCUCGCAAAACAAAGCCUCCACCUCAACCCUUCAAGUCCCAACAAACCGCGCCCACGAAGCAAUCACCUACCUAACCUUCCUCAUCGACAACUACGCGUCCAUCCCAUCGUCAGGGGCGGUGUUCAUCCACGGCUCGCGCUUCGCAUGGCACAACGACGACCCGAAUUACGAUAACCUGUCCCUGCUAAAGAGCCUGAAUGUGCCCUUCGCCCUGCACGCCUCCGGAUACCAUAAUCUGCGCUGCGAUUGGAGCCUGAGUACCUGUUCCCCAGCCGCGGGGCCGCAGGGGAGUCUAGAGAAUAGUGUCCAGGCGGUGUUGCAGCCGUGGAGUGCCAGGACGGUGUCGGAUCGGGGGCUGCCGGGGGCGUUGGAGGAGAUUUUUGGCUCGUCGGGGGAUCUUGGGAUGGGGAGUCGACUGAGUCGCACGGAUACAGUGCGGGCGCAAUGCUGUGCGCAGUUCGCGGUUAGUAGGGAGGGUGUGUGGCAGCAUUCACGCGAGGAGUAUGUGGCGCUAAGGCAGUGGUUGUUGGACGGGAUGGAUGGGAGGAGAGGCGCGGCACCAAAGGACGAUCGCGUGGCGGGCAGGAUCAUCUCAUAUAUCUGGCAUAUUUUGUUCAUGAAGCAGGAUGGAGCGGGGGUGGAUCUGGGGGAGCUGAAUCGCAAGGCGUGUCCGUCGGCCGAGGAGUGCUAUUGUCGGUUGUAUGGCCGGUGUGGGCUGCGGUGCUCGGCACCGGGGAGUUGUUUGGGGCAGUAUGCGUUGCCGAAACAUCUGCGUUUGCCUGAGGAUUGGGCGGAGACGCAUGCGUCGUGA